AUGGCCGAAGCUGCAUCAGGUUCAACGGAGAGGUCUGUGCAGGUCAAGCUUGUCCUCCUAGGCGAGGCGGCUGUGGGGAAAUCAUCCGUUGUGCUCCGCUUCGUGUCCAAUGAAUUCCAAGCCAACAAGGAGCCAACAAUCGGAGCUGCAUUCCUCACUCAGAAGUGUCGUUUGGAAGACCGUGUGCUCCGAUAUGAGAUCUGGGAUACAGCCGGCCAAGAACGUUUCCACUCCCUGGCCCCAAUGUACUAUCGUAACGCUCAAGCAGCGGUAGUUGUCUACGACGUCACGAAGGCGUCUAGCUUGGAGAAGGCUAAGACGUGGGUAAAGGAGUUGCAAAGACAGGCGAACCCCAACAUUGUCAUCGCUCUUGCUGGCAACAAGGUUGACCUCGUUCAGCCAUCACCAUCGGUGUCGGGGUCGCCCGCGACUGAGUCUGAAGAUGAGGCCGACGAUGCCACAGCCACGCCCGGAGAGAAUGCAGGUGCUGCCUCGGAACCAGAAAGCCUGAGGCAAGUACCGAGGGAGGAGGCCGAGGCAUAUGCGCAGGAGGCUGGCCUGCUUUUCUUCGAGACCAGUGCUAAGACUGGCGAGGGUGUUGUGGAGAUCUUCACCGAAAUUGGUACGUCACCGACUCCUCCUGGAAAUUCCUGGCUUACCUCCGACCGUAAUCCUCCAGCUAAGAAGAUUCCCAUCGAGCAAAUCCUUGCUUCAUCUCGUGGUGGAUCUGGCCGCCCUGGUGGUGCCGGCGGACGGACCGGGAACGCACAAGAGGGUGUCAACCUUGAGGAGAACGCUUCGAAGGGCAAGGAUUCUUGUAACUGCUGA